AUGGAGAGAAAUAAUGGAAGCAGUGCGUGGCAAUCGUCGCCGGAGCAGGAUUGGGAGGACGACAAGUCUACGUCCCCAUACCUUCCCCAAGACCAGGACGGCCAGUCACCAGAUGACCCGUCCCCAGCCAGCAGCGCUCCCGACAACGAGUGGCUGUCCUCAUCGGAGCCAGAGAACGACGACGGCCAGUCACCAGAUGACCCGUCCCCAGCCAGCAGCGCUCACGACAACGAGUGGCUAUCCUCAUCCGAGCCGGAGAACGACGACGGCAAGCCCGACGAACGAUUCAGGACAACACUGCAGCGGGAUGAGUGGGACUGGCAAGAGUCACCACCACCUCCCAGCUCGGAGAGCGACACCCCACCGGAACGGCACUAUCCCGACAAUGUGCGCGAGGUGUACGACGAGGACGCACCACCUCACCGCGGCUUUCGAGGCCCCACAUAUCCGCCCCGGUUCCAGGGCCAUCAAGACGGCGGCUCCUACUCCAGGUCACCAAAGCCGGAACCCCGACGCGACCCAAGGAGCGGACGAGGGGUAUACAAGCCCGCCGAGCCGCAGACUGAGCUGGAGCAUUACACAGCCAGUCCGGCCAGCGAGUCCAGCAGCGACGACGAGCAAGUCUAUUACCGGGAAGUGGUAGCAUCCGCCGAAAACUACCAGCACAUCACCACUCCCUAUGGUGCCCGAGUGACCCGCAACACCACCACUACUGUGGAUAUCUUCCUACCCCCGGGAGAGACGAUGAGUUCGAUGUUCAACGUACCGAGAGAGUCACGGCAAGCACUCAGGGGUCGUGAGGAGGCUCGAUGCAUGCGCGUCGAGCUUUCCCAGCGUCAACCAAGGCGGAACACCUCACCCGAGACUGUCCAACGGCCUACCUGGGAGCCGGCAACAUCGGACGAAGAGGACAACCGUCCCCUCUUUCGUCGGCGGUACUCACGAGCCCCGACCAACGCGACCACCAGCGAAGCAGCACCAGCAGAGUGGGUUGUGGCACCGACGGGAUGGAAGGUCGACACGAAGGACCGGAAAAUACCACAGGCCACGGGCCCGUUACUCCAAAGAACUGGACGGGCAACGAUUCCAAGUGGAACGGACAAAGACUCGGAGGGUUUUGAUCCAUUUGACCCCCCGAAGAAAGGAGAGGAUGUAACGCAGUAA